AUGGGGCUAAGACUUGCCAGCUUUUUUGCACUCUGGCUGGCUCUUUCCUGUGCGAAUGAAAUAAAAAAAGGCAGAACCCAAAACCAUGGCCACUACGUCUGCAGUACCUGGGGGAACAAUCAUUUCAAAUCUUUUGAUGGAGACUUCUACCAGUUCCCUGGCCUCUGUGAUUACAACUUUGCUUCUGACUGCCGAGAGUCUUACCAGGAGUUCUCAGUCCACAUCCAGCGUGCUAUGAAUGAAAAUGGACACCCUGACAUCCAAUAUGUCCUGAUCACCAUAAAGGAUGUUGUAAUCUACCUCACCCAAAAUGCGGUUGUCGUGGAUGAGCAAAUUGUAACAACACCAUACUAUAGUUCCGGUUUGCUGAUUGAGAACAGUGAAAUCUACACUAAAGUCUAUGCAAGAGCGGGCCUGGUUCUAAUGUGGAACCGUGAAAAUUCACUGAUGUUGGAGCUGGAUUCCAAGUUUAACAACAAUACAUGUGGUCUUUGUGGGGAUUACAAUGGACAGCAGGUCUACAAUGAAUUUAUCUCUAAUGACAUGAUCUUCAAUCCGAUCACAUUUGGAAAUAUGCAAAAGAUUAACAAACCCAACACAAUAUGUGAGGACCCUGAUGAAACACAGAUUGUUGCAACCUGUAAUCAGCAUCGUGAUGAGUGUCUGAGUCUGCUGACUUCUUCAGUAUUCGCUGACUGUGAGUCUCGUCUGAACCUGGAGAUGUAUGUUCAAGCCUGUAUGCAGGAUAAGUGUGCCUGCCAGGGAGCUGAGGAUUCCUUCUGCCUCUGUAACACCAUCUCUGAGUACUCUCGCCAAUGCUCCCAUGCUGGUGGCCGGCCUGGAAACUGGAGGACAGAAAAGUUUUGCCCUAAGACGUGCCCUGGAAACAUGAUCUACCAGGAAAGCAGCUCACCAUGCAUAAGCACUUGUUCCCAUUUGGAGAUCAGCAGCCUUUGUGAGGAACACUUCAUGGAUGGUUGCUUCUGCCCUGAAGGAACUGUGUAUGAUGACGUCAGUGGGAAAGGCUGUGUCUCUGUUAACCAAUGUCACUGCAAACUGCAUGGAUCCCUGUAUUCACCUGGGCAAAAUAUCACCAAUGAAUGUGAAGAAUGCACCUGUGAUUCAGGCAGGUGGGUGUGCAAGCAGUUAUCCUGUCCAGGCUCAUGCUUAGUGGAAGGAGGUGCUCACAUCACCACCUUUGAUGGGAAGAAAUACACCUUCCACGGAGACUGCUACUAUGUGCUGUCCAAGGGAGGUAUAAAUGACACUCACGCCCUCCUGGCAGAGCUGUCUCCCUGUGGCUCUACAGACAAACAGACCUGUUUGAAAACUGUUGUGCUGUUAAUAGACCACAAAAAAAAUAUCUUGGUAUUCAGAUCAGAUGGCACUGUGCUGCUGAAUGAACUGGAAGUGCACUUGCCCCAUGUGACAGCAAGCUUCUCAAUUUUCCAGCCAACAUCAUACCAUAUCAUUGUGCGUACCUAUUUUGGUCUCAAGCUACAAAUCCAAUUGGUUCCAAUCAUGCAGCUGUUUGUGGUUGUGGAUCAAUCUGCCCAAGGAAAACUGCAAGGUCUUUGUGGGAAUUUCAAUGGCAUAGAAUAUGAUGAUUUUAAAACAGCUGGUGGGCUGGUAGAAGCUACAGGAUCUGCCUUUGCUAACACUUGGAAAGCACAAGCCACCUGUAAAGACCAAGUGGAUAAUUUGGAAGACCCUUGUGCUCUCAGCUUUGAAAGCGAAAAUUAUGCUGAAUAUUGGUGUUCCUUACUGAAAAAUUUAGAAUCUCCUUUUGCCAGAUGUCACUCAGCCAUUGAUCCUGUGGAAUAUUAUAAGAGAUGUAAAUAUGACACCUGCAACUGUAAGAACAGUGAAGAAUGCUUGUGUGGGGCCCUCUCCUCUUACGCAAGAGCCUGUGCCUUCAAAGGAAUCAUGUUGGGGGGCUGGAGACAAACUGUCUGCAACAAAGAAGUGUCCUCUUGCUCAGCAUCUCAGGUCUUCCGUUACAAUCUGACCACAUGUCAGCAUACCUGUCGCUCCCUUGCUGAUGGCGAAAAGCACUGCUUGGAGGGCUUUAUUCCCAUUGAUGGCUGUGGCUGCCCUGAUAACACCUAUAUGAAUGAGAAGGGUAACUGUGUGUCCAUCUCCCGUUGUACAUGCUACUAUAAAGGGUCAUACCUGGAACCUGGGGAUGUCAUUGUGAAACAAGAAGAACGCUGUGUUUGCCGAAAUGGAAUUCUCCAUUGCACUCCAGUGAAGGAUAUAGAUGACAAGUGUCCAUCCCCCAAGAUUCACUUUGAUUGCAGCAGUGUCAAGUCUUGGUCUUCACAAACCCCUCUGCAACUAAGCUGCCAUACGCUGGAUACUGACUAUUUCCAGACAGAGUGUGUCUCAGGGUGCAUGUGUCCUCAUGGACUGAUUGACGAUGGCAGAGGGGGCUGUGUCAAGGAGAAGGACUGUCCAUGUAUUCAUAACAAGCAGUUUUAUGCUAGUGGCCAGACCAUAAAAGUGGGCUGCAACAAAUGUACCUGCCGAAAAGGAAGAUGGACCUGCACCGAUAAUGUGUGCUAUGGGACUUGUACUGUAUAUGGAAGUGGCCAUUAUAUCAGCUUUGAUGGAAAACACUAUGACUUUGAUGGACACUGUGAAUAUGUGGCUGCCCAGGAUUAUUGUGGCAAGGAUCGCAGUGGUUCGUUUAGUAUCGUCACAGUGAAUGUGCCAUGUGGAACCACCGGAGUCACCUGUUCAAAGGCUAUUAAAAUAUUUCUAGGGAGAACCGAACUGAAGUUUGAGGACAAGCAAAAUGUAGAAAUUCAGCGAGGUGUUGGCGACCAUAUACAGUAUAGGAAUCGUACAGUGGGGCUCUAUCUUGUUAUUGAGGCCAGCAAUGGUGUGAUGCUCAUCUGGGAUAAGAAGACUACUAUUUUCAUAAAGCUGACUCCUAAUUAUAAGGGCAAAAUCUGUGGUUUGUGUGGCAACUUUGAUGACAAGUCCAACAAUGACUUCACAACAAGGAACGGGCUGCUGGUGACCAAUCCUCUGGAGUUUGGUAAUUCUUGGAAACUGUCUGGCUCCUGCCCUGAUGUGAUGGAUGAGAUCCUGCCCUGCAAUCUAAAACCUCACCGCAAGUCCUGGGCAGAGAAGGAGUGCAGCAUCAUCCGGAGCGAAGUCUUUAAAGUUUGUCGCGACAAGGUGGACCCAACUCCAUUCUAUGAAAAUUGUGUUCAUGAUGCCUGUUCCUGUGACAGUGGUGGAGACUGUGAGUGCUUCUGUUCUGCAGUUGCUGCUUAUGCCCAAGAGUGCAUUAAGGCUGAAGCUUGCGUCUUCUGGAGAACGCCUGAUAUAUGCCCAAUAUUUUGUGAUUACUACAACCCUCGGAAUGAGUGCGAAUGGCACUACGAACCUUGUGGCCGUCAUAUUGUGACCUGCAGGAUCAUUAACAAUGUCAGCACCAACUUCUCAGUGCCAUAUCUGGAAGGUUGCUACCCGAGAUGCCCUAAAGAAAAGCCCAUUUUUGAUGAAGACCUCAAAGAAUGUGUAACUGAAGUUGAAUGUGGCUGUUAUGUAAAUGGCACUCGUUAUGAAAAUGGCUCAGAAAUACCCCCAAAAGAUGACUGUCUGAAAUGGACAUUGUGUAUAGUCAUUUUCAGUCAUUCACUAAAGUCAGUUGCACCUGUUGUUCAUAAGAACAACUUCACAAUGAAGCUCUUUCUUGCAGUCCCUUGCACAACAACUCCUACUACCACCCCCACAGCCACCCCCACGCCAACAACUACUACAACUACCACUGUGCCAACGUCAACUACUACAACAGAGACCACAACAGACUGUAUAGUGUUACUUAUUAUUUUUCCAUUGCAGUUACCACCACGACCUCUUCAACCUCUACAACCAAAAUCCACCACAAUUACAACUCCACUUCCAAUGACCACCAAGCCCCCAAUCUCUACAACCACAACUACCAUGAACUCCCCAACCCUCCCCUCACAACUACCAUCGAGUUCCCAAAUCCUACACACACCAACACAACUACCACCAACACCAUGUACACCUCUAUCUCAAUAUUGUUGGUGGUCUGACUGGAUUAGUGUGACUGAGCCAAAAUAUGGCCCAGAAUAUGGUGAUAAUGAAACCUAUGACAAAAUCAGAGAGUGGAACGCCUCAGCAAUAUGUGAGAAUCCACUAGAUAUUUCAUGCAGAGCUCUGAAAUUCCCAGGCAUUCCCAUUGAAGAUUUAGGACAAAAAUUGACAUGUAAUGUUUCCACUGGGCUUAUCUGUAAUAAUAGGGACCAAGUCCCAGGGGGCAUGAUUCCGAUGCUUAUGUGCCUCAAUUAUGAGAUCAGUGUUUACUGCUGCUCAUCAGUUUGCCCCCCAUCUACACCUACCACUACCACCACAGAAACAACUACCACAGAGACGACACCUACCACCACCACCACGGUAACAACUACCACAGAGACAACAACACCUACAACUACCACAGAGACAACGACACCUACCACCACCACAGAAACAACUACCACAGAAACAACGACACCUACCACCACCACCACGGAAACAACUACCACAGAGACGACGACACCUACCACCACCACCACGGAAACAACUACCACAGAGACAACGACACCUACCACCACCACCACAGGAACGACUACCUCAGCACCAUGUACACCUCUAUCUCAAUAUUGUUGGUGGUCUGACUGGAUUAAUGUGAAUAAGCCAAAAUAUGGCCCAGAAAAUGGUGAUUAUGAAACCUAUGACAAAAUCAGAGAGUGGAAUGCCUCAGUGAUAUGUGAGACUCCACUAAAUAUUUCAUGCAGAGCUCAGCAAUUUCCUGACACCCCCAUUGAAGAUUUAGGACAAAAAGUGACAUGUGAUGUUUCCACUGGGCUUAUCUGUAAUAAUAGAGACCAAGACCUAGGAAGUCUGAUUCCGAUAUGCUACGAUUAUGAGAUCAGUGUUUACUGCUGCUCAUCAUUUUGCACCACAACUGCAACUACCACUACUACAACCGGAACCACAACCAGCACUAUAUCUGAUUUCCCUACCACCACCACCACAGAAACAACUACCACAGAGACAACAACACCUACCACCACCACCACCACCACAGAAACAACUACCACGGAGACAACGACACCUACCACCACCACCACGGAAACAACUACCACAGAGACAACGACACCUCCCACCACCACCACCACCACGGAAACAACUACCACAGAGACAACGACACCUACCACCACCACCACCACCACGGAAACAACUACCACAGAGACAACGACACCUACCACCACCACCACCACCACGGAAACAACUACCACAGAGACAACGACACCUACCACCACCACCACCACCACGGAAACAACUACCACAGAGACAACGACACCUACCACCACCACCACCACCACGGAAACAACUACCACAGAGACAACGACACCUACCACCACCACCACCACCACGGAAACAACUACCACAGAGACAACGACACCUACCACCACCACCACCACCACGGAAACAACUACCACAGAGACAACGACACCUACCACCACCACCACCACCACGGAAACAACUACCACAGAGACAACGACACCUACCACCACCACCACCACCACGGAAACAACUACCACAGAGACAACGACACCUACCACCACCACCACCACCACGGAAACAACUACCACAGAGACAACGACACCUCCCACCACCACCACCACCACGGAAACAACUACCACAGAGACAACGACACCUACCACCACCACCACCACCACGGAAACAACUACCACAGAGACAACGACACCUACCACCACCACCACCACCACGGAAACAACUACCACAGAGACAACGACACCUACCACCACCACCACCACCACGGAAACAACUACCACAGAGACAACGACACCUACCACCACCACCACCACCACGGAAACAACUACCACAGAGACAACGACACCUACCACCACCACCACCACCACGGAAACAACUACCACAGAGACAACGACACCUACCACCACCACCACCACCACGGAAACAACUACCACAGAGACAACGACACCUACCACCACCACCACCACCACGGAAACAACUACCACAGAGACAACGACACCUACCACCACCACCACCACCACGGAAACAACUACCACAGAGACAACGACACCUACCACCACCACCACGGAAACAACUACCACAGAGACAACGACACCUACCACCACCACCACCACCACGGAAACAACUACCACAGAGACAACGACACCUACCACCACCACCACCACCACGGAAACAACUACCACAGAGACAACGACACCUACCACCACCACCACCACCACGGAAACAACUACCACAGAGACAACGACACCUACCACCACCACCACCACCACGGAAACAACUACCACAGAGACAACGACACCUACCACCACCACCACCACCACGGAAACAACUACCACAGAGACAACGACAACUACCACCACCACCACGGAAACAACUACCACAGAGACAACGACACCUACCACCACCACCACGGAAACAACUACCACAGAGACAACGACACCUACCACCACCACCACCACCACGGAAACAACUACCACGGAGACAACGACACCUACCACCACAACUAUACCACCCCCUGGCUGUCUGUUACCUAAUGGCACUAUAAUUAACCCAGGUGAAAGCUACUGGCCAUGUAACUGCACCGAGUUAAUAUGCAUUAACAACAACACAUGGACGCUGGUUUCGACUGUAUGUGAACUUCCUCCUAAGCCCACUUGUGUCAAUGGGCUCACUCCUGUGCUGGUGCAGGGUGAAUGCUGUCCGCACUGGGAGUGUGACUGCUAUUGCACUGGCUGGGGAGACCCACAUUAUGUGACUUUUGAUGGACUUUACUAUAGCUACCAAGGGAAUUGUACGUAUGUCCUGGUGGAAGAGAUUAACAAAAAGAUUGACGACUUUGGGAUCUACAUUGAUAACUAUCACUGCAUUGCACAGGACAGAGUGUCCUGUCCACGCACACUCAUCGUGAGAUACGAGACCCAGGAAGUGCGCAUAAAGACUAUCAGAAUGAUUCCUCUCAAAGUACAGGUGACGGUAAACAAUCAGGAAGUGGCUACACCUUUUGAAAAAUACGGCGUGAAAGUCUUUAAGUCAGGCAUAAAUCACGUAGUGGAAAUUUCUAGAAUCGGGGUAAAUGUGACCUACAAUGGAUUGGCUUUCUCAAUUAGAUUGUCCUACCAGAGGUUUGGCAACAACACCCAAGGACAGUGCGGCACUUGUACCAACAACACAGCAGAUGACUGUAUGUUACCUGGUGGAAAGAUCAUAGGUAACUGUGAAACCAUGGCAGAUCACUGGGUGAUUAAUGACCCCGAAAAGCCAGACUGCUAUCCAUCCCCACCUUCUACAGAGGCACCUCCUGUCACUCCACCACCCUGCAAACCAUCCGAUCUCUGCAAGCUCAUUAAAGAAGGCCCGUUCAAAGCAUGCCAUCCCUUUGUCAACCCUGACCACUACUAUGCAGCCUGCGUUUUUGACAGCUGCGCUCUUCCCAACUCUAAAUUGGAGUGUGCAAGUUUGCAAAACUAUGCUGCUCUCUGCGCUGAUCAGGGGGUCUGUGUUGAUUGGAGAGGCCAUACUCGUGAUAUCUGCCCGCUUACGUGCCCAUCAAACAAAGUAUACAAAGCAUGUGGUCCUAUUGAAGAGGUGACCUGCAAGUCAAGCCAAAUUGCACAAAACCAAAACCGUCAUGUGGAAGGCUGCUUCUGUCCUGCUGGAACAAUGCUUUAUGGUGAUGGUGUGGAUGUCUGUGUAAAAACCUGCGGGUGUGUUGGACCAGAUAAUAAACCAAGAAAGUUUGGGGAAAUUUUUGAGUUUGACUGUCAGACAUGCAUUUGCCUGGAGGGUGGAAGUGGCAUUAGCUGUGUGCCCCGCAAAUGUCCAGAGCAAGAGGAUAAACCAAGCUGCAGUGAUGAAGGCUUUUACGAGGUCACUGAAGUCAAUCCUGACAACAUCUGCUGCAACAUAACUUCCUGCAGAUGCAACACGAGCUUUUGCACAACCAAACCUCCUAAAUGUAAAAUUGGUUACGAACCUGUUUCCGAUAUUGCCACUGGCAAGUGCUGUCCUACGUAUAAGUGCGUUCCCAAGGAAGUCUGUGUGCUUCAGAAUGCUGAGUACAUGCCUGGUUCCCCAGUCUUUGCUGAUAAGUGCCAUGAUUGUGUCUGCACUGAGAAAUCAAACAGUAGUGGUCUGAAUGUCAUUUCAUGCAAGCACAUUCCAUGCAAUGAAGCGUGCCAGCCAGGAUAUGAACUUAAAGAUGUGAAAGGGGAAUGCUGUCCAAAAUGCGUGCAGACCAAGUGUGUUGUAAAUAAGGGUGACAGCACCGUCCUCAUCUUGAGUCCUGAUGAAACGGAAAACGAUCCAAAAGACAACUGCACCCUUUAUAGCUGUGUGUCGAUCAAAGGUCAGCUGAUCUCUUCCACCUCAAAGAUUACCUGCCCAUCAUUCAAUGAGGAGAACUGUCAGGCUGGCACUAUUACACUGCUGCCUAAUGGUUGCUGUAAAACAUGCAUCCCUCGCGAAAGCCCAUCACCAUGUUCUGUCACCCAAAUCGUGGACUAUAUCACCCAUAAGGGCUGCCGCUCUGUGGAUAAAGUCUACCUGACUCAAUGUGAAGGAUCAUGCGGAACCUUCUCAUUAUACUCUGCUGAGGCCAACUCCAUGGAGCACAAGUGUUCCUGCUGCAGGGAGGCAGCUACUAGCGAGAAGCAAGUUCUACUGCAAUGCCCCAACGGGAAAUCUGUGGUGCACAAGUACCUGCAUGUGGACCGUUGUGAAUGUCUUAACACUGAAUGCACAGAACCCAGCUCCUCAGAAGAGUCAAAGGAAAGUGAAGAACAGAGUUCCAUCGAACGUGUCAAGCGGGCCAUUUGGAAAAUAUUGAAAUGAAGGGGAGAAAAGUAAUGGCGCACAGAAAAAAGUACAAGGAGGGUCUAUGCACCAGUCUAAUCUUCCAAGAGGGAUUCAAUGCUUUGCCUUUUUUCACUUCCUCCUCUUUUGUGCCUUCUCUGACUAUUUGUAAUUGUGCUCUAUUU